AUGUCUGCUGUUGCAGAGCAGGAACCUGGACUACCUGACCAAGAGCAAGAAGGCGGUGGGAUGGGGCACGAUGCCAGACAAAUCGUCCUGCAUGUGCUGCCAAUUGAAGAAGCUACUGAUGACAUCGAUGGAACCGCAGCAUUUCUGGUUUCGCAGGCAGUGGUGAGAGCCAUUACGGAGGAAGAGUGCGGGCAAGAGGAGAUAUGGCCUGAUGUUGAGGAGAUCUGGCCACACGUGGAAGAGGUCUGGCCUAAUAUUGAAGACAUCUGGCCUGAAAUUGAAGAAGUCUGGCCUGAUGUUGAGGAAGACUGGUAUAUCUGGAAUGGUGACCAGGAAAAUGAUGAAGAUCAAAGGAAAGUUGAAGACCAACAAGACUACAAUAACGAAGAAGAGGAGGAAGACGAUGAUGAUGAAGACGACGACGAUGAUUAUGAAUACGAAGACGACGAGGAGGAGAACGAAGGGGAAGAUAACGAUGAACAUCACGGGGAGAAGAUUAUCCUGCGUGCCUGUGAGUUCUCCUAUGUGGGUAUUGAGGGCAAGGAAGCUAUGGAUGAAGAUAAAAUCAGCGAAUUGGUUCCUUGUGGAUUGGAGAUCAUCUAA